AACACUCUGGCCGAGAUGGUUAUUUCAGCUGUUCCAAGCAUAGAAAUGGUUCGGUUUGUCAACUCCGGUACAGAGGCGUGCAUGGGAGUACUACGGCUGGCUCGUGCUUUCACUGGCCGGCCUAAGAUCAUCAAAUUCGAGGGUUGUUACCAUGGUCAUGCUGAUCCAUUUCUUGUUAAAGCAGGCAGUGGUGUUGCCACCCUAGGACUCCCCGACUCCCCUGGAGUUCCAAAGGCAGCUACUACUGAUACACUGACAGCGCCUUACAAUGAUAUUUCUGCUGUUGAGAGCCUCUUUAAGGAGCACAAAGGCGAAGUCGCUGCUAUAAUUCUUGAGCCUGUAGUUGGAAAUGCUGGCUUCAUUCAACCUAAUCCAGAUUUUCUUGCUGCCAUUCGCAAGAUCACCAAAGAAAAUGAUGCACUUCUUAUUUUCGACGAAGUCAUGACUGGAUUUAGGUUGGCAUAUGGCGGAGCUCAGGAGUAUUUUGGAAUAACUCCAGAUUUGACGACACUUGGGAAGAUUAUCGGCGGUGGCUUGCCAGUAGGUGCAUACGGAGGAAGGCGGGAUAUUAUGGAGAUGGUAGCACCUGCAGGUCCGAUGUAUCAGGCCGGGACACUAAGUGGAAACCCAUUGGCCAUGACUGCUGGAAUUCACACGCUUAAGCGGUUACAGGGACCGGGUACAUACGACUACUUGGACAAGAUCACGGGUGAACUUACUCAAGGAAUCUUGGAUGCUGGAAAGAAGACCGGGCAUGCAAUGUGUGGCGGGUACAUAAGGGGGAUGUUUGGCUUCUUUUUCGUGGAGGGUCCUGUCAAUAACUUUUCGGAUGCAAAGAAGAGUGAUACAGAAAAAUUUGGCAGAUUCUAUAGGGGAAUGCUGGAGGAAGGUGUAUAUUUUGCACCAUCACAGUUUGAGGCUGGAUUUACUAGCUUAGCACACACUUCAGAGGACAUUCAAAGGACGGUAGCUGCAGCUGAAAAAGUUCUUAAGCAAAUUUAACUACUAGGCUUUGUUCAUUUGUAUCCUAGAUGGAAAUGUUUUUCUUGUUUGGCGAGAAAAACAAAAGGUGAUUCGUACUGAGAAGUUUUGUAGCAUAUCUUUUAUUCAGAAACAUGCUGUACCAUUUGUACUCCUUUUCGGUUGUUAUUCUUACUCAUUUUGAAGUA